GCCAGAUAUUCAGCAGCUUUACUCCCCUUCUUAUACCCGUUCUAUACGCCCAGCAUGUCGACCGACCCGAAGAUUCAGGACCUGCUCAACAAGCCUAAGAGCGAGCUCACUGAAUACGAAGUCUCCCUAGUCGAAGACCACGAACUCACCGCCGGCCCGCUCUCCCUCCUCCAAACCGCCACCCGCACACACACCCAGGUCCUCAUCUCCUGCCGAAAUGGCCGCAAACUGCUCGCGCGCGUCAAGGCCUUCGACCGCCACUGCAACAUGGUGCUCGAGAACGUCAAGGAGAUCUGGACCGAGAAGCCCAAGGGGGGUAAGGGCAAGGGCGUGAACAAGGAUCGCUUUAUCAGCAAGAUGUUCCUGCGCGGCGACUCCGUCAUCCUCGUCCUGCUCAGCUGAUCGAGUCUUCUGAGCUUGAUUCGUUUCUACCUGAGUUGUCCGAUCCCGUCCGUCUGUUCGUCCACGUGACAUUCGUGCAUC